AUGAAGGAACCCUCAGCCGUGAAAAGAUUUCUCAGCUCACUUGACCAGUUCUUUGUCAACACUUUGCUCUUUGGUAUUGCUGUGCUUUUCCUGCUGCGAAGCGUACACAAAUCGCGGAAACGGAGGACUCUAGAGAUUUCCCUCUGCUGUGCAAGACCACCCACCGAACGUGACCGAUUCCCAUAUGAUUUCUUCGGGGUUGCAAAAACCUUGGAAUUGGCCAGUCAUUUUCAAAAUCGAUCUUCUCUUCCCUAUACCCAUUCUCUUUUCAAAAAGUAUGGAGAAACAUUUACAUCCAAUGUCAUUGGCUAUCGACUUAUUUUCACCUGCAAUGAGGAAAACACGAAAUACUUGCUGGCCACCGCAUUUACCGAUUUUGAUAGUUCACCUUUGCGAAAAUCUAUUAUCGAACCAAUUACUCCACAUGGUAUUUUCACGCUUGAUGGACCGGAUUGGAAAAUGAGUCGUGACCAGCUACGAUCCCGUUUGAGUGAUCUUCGCAAGGCUAUUGACUUAACACUAUGUGAACAACAUUUCCAGUCAUUUUUGAACAAAGUCCCUUCCGAUGGCCAGGUCUUCGAUGCUCAAUCAUGUGCAUAUGCCCUCGCAUUGGAUCUUCAGACUGUGUUUUCUCUAGGAGAGUCUGUCGAUGCGCUCAGCUCUACGCAGUCAAGUGAGAAAAAGUCUUUUCUGGAGGAUCUAUCGAAUGUGAAAGACAUAAUUGUGCGCGAUGGAUUCCGAGGUCCCCUCCGUCAUUUAUCUUCGAAAAGACAAUUUCUCCAAUCUUGUCGCAGAACAAGAGAGUAUGUGAUUCGACAGGCAACUAAACAAGUCAAAAAGCGGAACCAGAUGGCCGGCAUCUCUAAGAAGGGCGAUGCUGGCCUCCCUGAGGCCGAACAGAUAUCUCGAUUUACCGACCAAGCAUUGAGCUUGCUUCUCGCGAACGAUAGUAUGAGUACGACCCUAACAAGCAUAAUGUUCUGUCUCUCCAAAGAUGAACGCGUUGUUAAGAAGCUGCGGGCAAGUAUAAUUGAUACCAUUGGCCUCACGCCUCCGACAUGGGCGCAGCUCGGGACUCUGCAAUACUUACGAUGGGUUAUGAACGAAGCCAUGCGACUUUUUCCGGCGGUGGUCUUCAAUGCAAGAGUGGCAAAUAAAAACACAACUCUCCCAACCGGUGGUGGAGAGGGUGGAGUCUCUCCCGUUUUGAUUGAAAAGGGGGAGAUUGUGGUAUUCUCAACAUGGAGUCGGCAUCGCCUCGGAAAGGAUUUCGGAAGGAAUCUGGAAAGGUUUUAUCCUGAGCGAUGGGAAACCCUCAGCCCUGAUAUGCCAGGAUUUAUUCCCUUUAAUAAGGGUCCCAGGGCAUGCCCUGGACAGCAUUAUGCCACAAUCAUUGUAACGUAUAUUGUUGCGCGCAUGUUCCAAACAUUUUCAACGGUCAUUGAUUACAACACUAAGCCGUGGACGGAGAGAAUUAGCAUGACAUUUGAGAACGAAAAUGGUGUAAUGAUUGGACUUCUUUGA